AUGCCUGAACCAUCAGUCCUCCAGAUCUCGAGGCCGUUCUUUGCCCCGGCAGAACUUUCGUAUCUACACUCGUUGACUAUUCCAGACCAGAAAAAACUAGUUUAUAACCAGAGGAAACAUCAGGUUUUUCAGUUCCUUUUUCAGGUCGUUAGACAGUUAAAGUUUCCACUUCGUGUACUUAGCACCGCCAUGAACUACUUCCAGCGAUUUUAUUUGUUCAACAUGUUCCAAGAAAUGAACGAUUUUGAAAACGAAGAUUUGGAAAAAGACCCCUUCACCGUUGCAUUGACAUCAUUAUUUUUGGCUUCGAAGAACGAAGAUUGCAUCAAAAAACUCAGAGAUAUUCAAGCCGUAGCAAAUAAGCUCCGAGAAAUUGACGAGACCCGCAAAAUAGUCAUAAAUGAUGCUGCCGUCCCUUAUAAUGAUGCACAACGAAAAGCCAUCAUGGGCAUCGAAUAUAAGCUUCUUCAAACUAUCAAGUUUGAUUUUAUAAAUGGUUCUAGCAUUCCAUCGAUUGACCAACUCGUGGUGAUUUUUUGCAAACAAUUAGACAUUGAUUACAAGCUCACGUUCCAUUGCUGGCUCAUAAGUUUUGAUAUCAUGUCGACUCCAUCAUGCCUCAUGAUUCCACCCCACUGCAUGGCCAUGGCAAUUGUCAUAGUGACGCUCAAUUUACGGCCCAGGGAGUUGAUGACCAAGUUUACGUCGCCAGAGCAUGAAACAGAAUACCUCAGCAAAAUAUUGGAGCUGAUAGACUGUUAUGGCGAUUUCAAAUGUCCAGAGACAUUGGUGAACGAAGCUAUCAUUUACAUUCUAGACUACUAUGUGCAUCAGAUGAACUUUUCUAUACUCAACGAGUUCAUGCCUCCCAUCGAUGCUGAGACCGGCAAGGAACAAAUCUUCAAGUUCAUGAACUUGAAGUCCAAGUUCAACGACCUCAAGGUGCUAUCUGAACGGUCUUGCAGUUCUGCAGCACUACUCAAACAAGAUGAAUAUCUCCAGGUAUGGGACUACAACACCAGCAUCAAGGGCUCAGCCCGAUUCAUGUUGGGCAAUAAAAGGCGACGGUUCGAAACUGAGACUCGCGCAGAGCUUGCAAGUCCGCUUGCAACAACCGACUCAAAAGCUCCUCCCAGCUCAACUGUCCUGUAA